AUGAAUCAAUUUGACCUUCUUAUCUUCUUGUUUUUUGCCGGACAUAUAACUGCACGUGGUCCACCGACUCUUUUACCAGAUACAACUAAUUUCAACACAUUCGAUAUAAAUGAGAAUGAUCCCAUUGAAUUACAAUGUCCAGUUACUAAUAGUCCUGAUUUAUCUAUUCAGUGGUCAAAAAAUAAUGAAGAUUUAGAUCCAAUGUGGUCACCAUCAAAUUUAGUUAUCAAACGAUUUUUAUUAAAAAUACGACAAGCACAUUUAACUGAUGCUGGUUUGUAUAAAUGUGACGUUGUCAAUGGAUUUGGUAGUAUACAAGUACAAUUUCGAAUAAAUAUUAAAUCAGAUGGAGCAAUAUCAACUAAUGUUGAUAACAAUGAACCACAAAAUGUAAUGCCAUGGGAAGCAGAUUCAUUACAUGGAAAAGCACCAGAAUUUGUUUCGCGAAGUGAUGGUGAUCAAACAGGACCGACUAAAGUUAUUCAACCAGAAGGUACAACCGUACGAUUGAAAUGUUUAGCAUCUGGUAAACCAUUACCAGAAAUACGAUGGAAAAAAAAUGGGAAAAUAUUAUCAGCAGAUGAAUAUGGUAUUACACAAAGUCAGAUAUUAAUUAUUAAAAAUUUACGACAAUCAGAUACGGGUAGUUAUACAUGUGAAUUAUUCAAUUCGUUUGGUGCUAUCAAUGCUACAUACAUUCUUGCUGUCACAGAAAAAUUACAAUUUUUCGGUGAUGAUCCUCAAAAUAUAAGCGUUGAUUUAGAUAAAACAGCAAUGCUAAAUUGUCGUGUUCAAACUAAUGAUCCAACAACAAAAAUUCAAUGGUUAAAACAAAUUAAUCUUCAACAGUUAUUUCGACCUGAUGCUAUUGUAUUUGAUUCUGAACAAUAUGAAAAUGUUGAACAAUUUCAAGAACAACAACUACAACAAAAUUCAAAAAAUAUUCUAUCAAGACCACUUAUUAUUUCACAAGUUACUAAUAAAGAUAAUGGACAAUAUAUUUGUUUAAUUCAAAAUGACAAAGCUACUAAAUAUAAGAAAGUUUUCAUUGAUGUUAUUGAUAAUCAUUAUGGUGUGACAUCUUCAGCAAAUCUUAAUAAUCAUUUACUUUAUGUGAUUAUCGUCGCUCUUUGUGUACUUGGUGUUAUUCUAUUUUUUCUUUUUUGUUGUCGUCACCGUUGUCGAAAAACGAAUAAUCAUCAUUAUAGCCAUCGGUUACAUUUCACCGAUGGUAUAAAAUCCUCGGUAAAACCUCGACAACCUUUAAUACAUCAUAAGGGUCCAAUGGUUCCAUCGACAACCACUCGAACAAGUAAUGAUUAUAUUGCGAAUAGUGUUGAUUCAAUACCAAUUUCAAGACAAUAUCAACAACAACGAUAUGUAAAUACUCUUUCAUCGGAUCUUGCAUCAGUUACGAGUUCUGAUUUGUACUAUGCGCAAGUACAAGCUUUUUAA